AGAAAGUAGAAACAGUAGGCUUUUGCAAGCCUCGGCGGCUUAGGAGUGGGGAGAGAGACGCACAAUCAGCGCGGGCUCAACUCGACGCAGCACGCGGGCGGUGUGUCUAUAUACAUAACACCCACAGAGAGAGAGAGAGAGAGAGAGAGAGAUGGCUUCGUUAACAGAGAGUGAAGAAAGCCCGUCGCCAAAGAUAUUUAUACCGGAGGAGUGGUCUGAAGCCGCGGAAUCCAUAGCAUACGACUCAAUCACAUCGCCGCCUCCCGUCGCCCUCAUCUGCGGCGCCAAAAACAGCGGCAAGACCACCUUCUCUCGCCACCUGCUAAACAUUCUCCUUCAAAGGUACAAAAGAGUAGCUUAUUUGGAUACAGAUGUUGGGCAGACUGAGUUCACUGCUCCCGGAUGUCUAUCACUUACCGUGGUUGACAAGAUAACGCCAGAUUUGACAAUUCCAUGCCUGAAAACACCAGAGAGAUGUUUUUUCUACGGCGAUAUUUCCUCAAAAAGAGAUCCAUCAGCUUACUUGAAAUUUAUCUUUGCUCUAUAUGAUUGCUAUCGGAAAGUGUAUUGCAUGUCUAACCAUAGUGAAAGCCCUGGUAAUACUGGAGUGCCCCUUGUUGUUAAUACACCUGGCUGGGUGAAAGGUAUUGGUUAUGAUUUACUGGUGGAUAUGCUGAAACAUAUUUCUCCUACCCAUAUAGUUAAGAUUUGUAUCUCUGCUGAGAGCAAGAACCUACCAGCUGGAGCAUUCUGGUUAGACGAGGGACAUGAUGUAACAGGGACGCUAAUUGAAAUCAAUUCAGCUCGACAGGACUCUUUAAAGAGAUCGGUGCUAGUACAUAAAGAUGCUCGUCUUCUACGGGAUUUGCGUGUCAUGGCUUAUUUCAGACAGUGUUUCCCCAGUGACUCAAGUAUCACAACAAUCAAGGAACUUGCUUAUGCAUUGGCUGCGCAUCCUCCUUAUGAAAUUCCUAUGUCAAUUAUCAAGAUUAAGCACCUCCAUUGCCAGGUACCAAGUACUGAAGUCUUCUACAGCUUGAAUGCGACCAUUGUUGGCUUGGCUGUUAGUUCUGAAGAUUCUGAACAUUUGCCUCAGUGUGUCGGUCUGGGUUUGGUGAGAGGCAUCGACAUUUUCAAACGUGUACUCUAUGUAAUUACCCCUGUUCUGCAGAACACACUGGAGAAAGUAGAUCUUUUACUGCAGGGGCUUAUCCAGAUUCCAACUACUUUGUUGCAGGUACAGGGAUGCAUCUCACCUUACAUGGCUGCAAAUGUUUUGCCAACGAGCUAGCAGAACUGCAGUUGCUGUCUUGCUGAUGGUUUGAGAUGUGUCAAUAUGACUUCCUUACACAACUGGUAACCGGUGAAGAUGUUUCCCAACCUUUUAAGGGAUGGACAUUGUUUUGUCUCCAGCCAUAUAUAAUUUAGUUUCUCUGUUAUUUGUUGGUCCUAAAUACACGUCUCCAAAAAAUGCUUGUAGUAAGGUUGCAGCAGUAGCCAGAAAUUCCCUGCACUAGAGGCUUUACAAUCUGUUAGAAAUGCCUGUCAUACUAGCGGCAGUGUCUUAAGCAGGCGUUGUGAAAUGUUUGGAAUCACAGGAUAGUUUGCACGAGGAUAUUUAUUUACUGGAAGAAGGGUUCCAGAAGUGAAUGGAACCAUACUACCACAUUGUAGAUGGUUUUAA